AACAAGAUGUGAGCGAAACCAAAGAUUUUCUGAUAUCAGCUUUUGACAAUGAUAGGGAAUAUAAUAUUAAAUAUACUCAAAAACCAUCAAAUCAAAUUCGGGGUGUGCAAGUUUUUGUAAAACUGACACAUAACAGAGUUGACGAUUUAAAUUAUCAUUUUAAACAAAAUGGCAAUUGUACAACUACUGCUACGACAGAAAAUUUAACUGAAAUAGAAAAGAAAAAAAGAUUAAUCGAUAGUAUUGUUUCCUCCUCCGAUCAAGGACCAAAAAAAAAGAAAUAUAUCAAGCAAGCUGAUUUAGAAAAAAUUAAGGAGCAAGAGUAUUUGACUAAACAAGCCGAAUUAGAAAGAAAACGGGAGGAAAAGGCCAAAGAAAAAAAUAAGUUGCUUGUUACAUUAAUUGAAAAUGAUAGAUCGGAAAAGUCAGGUUCUGAUAGUGAACAUAACAUUGAAGAGGAUGAAAGUAAUAGCAAUGCUUUCAACAUUCCCUCUGAAGAAGUCAUUCGUCGUUUGAGAGCAAAAGGACAGCCAAUUUGUUUAUUUGGUGAAUCUGACAAAGAUCGUAAAACACGGUUACGUGCGCUUGAACUGAUCGAGGAAAGAACCGAGGGUCAACGUAAUGAUUUCAUGAAGACCUUGGAGGAAAUGGAGACAGGUUUGAACUUGGAGGCUUUAAAAAAACAACAUGACGAUGAUAAUGAAACUAGUUCAACUUCGAAAAAAGAAGCUACAAUUGAAGAACCAGCAUUGGAUAACACACCAAUAACUAUAGAUUUGAUUGAAAAAGAUUCUGAUAAACUUUAUGUUCUUAUAUAUACUUUUCUAAAGCGCUUGCUAAGAGAAUGGGAACAAGAAAUGAAUAAUAGACCUGAUCAUGUAAAGAGAAGUAGGCAAGGUAAAUUAGCUGCAGCUACUCAAAAACAAUCAACUGAAUAUUUGCAACCAUUUUUUAGAUUACUUAAGAAAAAAUCAAUUGAACCUGACGUAUUGGCUCGAGUAACGGAGAUUGCGUCCUUUAUGCAAAAAAGACAAUAUAUGAACGCAAAUGAUGCAUAUUUGAGACUUUCCAUUGGAAAUGCACCCUGGCCUAUUGUUGCUCAUGUGCUUAAUGACGAAACUACACGCAAAUGGAUACAAUCGAUUAAAAGAUUAAUGACAUUUUGUCAGACCAAAUAUCCUCCAGAUGAUAAUUCACAACUCAUGGGCUAA